CUACCACAUUUCAAGAAACCUUUAAAAUCCGUGUCCCUAUUUGUCCCCUUUUUGAGUUGACAAGUUUGCCACAGCGCGCUCUAUCCAAUCAAGUGCCACGUGCCCCUUACCGCCUUACCAAAACGGCGAAACCCUGCGACUCCCGCAUUCUCUCCUUAAAACGCCGUCGACUACUCCUUCCGGUGGACAUUUCGUGCCCGAUUUCCCUGUCUCUCUUCGUCCUCUUUCCUGUCGCUGGCUAAACAAAACAAAACGAAACAAACGCUUCCCGGUAAAACAACUUCAAACCAUUUUCCCGAGAAACGAAAAGCAAAAAAAAGAAAGAAAUGGCUGUCCAUCUCACCACCAUUUCCAUAGCCCUCUUUCUCCUCAUCCAAUCAUCACUCGCCACGUUAUUCCCCCUCAACAUCACCGACGACACACCGUCUGCCUACGAAGUCCUCCAAGGCUACAACUUCCCCGUCGGCAUUCUCCCCAAAGGGGUUGUAAAGUACGAUUUAGACGAAUCCACGGGCCAAUUCCAUGCCUACUUAGACGGUUCGUGUAGCUUCUCACUGGAAGGAUCUUAUCAACUCAAAUACAAAUCCAAAAUCAGCGGCUACAUCUCCAACAACAGGCUCAGAGACCUUAGUGGAAUAAGCGUCAAGAUCCUGUUUUUGUGGUUGAAUAUUGUGGAGGUUACUAGAGAUGGAGACGAGCUGGAGUUUUCUGUGGGGAUUGCCUCUGCAAGCUUUCCAAUCGAUAAUUUUUAUGAGUGUCCGCAGUGUGGAUGUGGUUUGGAUUGCGUUAAUGGGAAAGUAAGCAAGCUUAGAAUUAAGUCUUCUUUUUCUUCAAUUUAAAAGAAUUUGUGGGAAAAAAAAAAAACUCAGACUAUGGAAUGUUGGUAAUGAGACUUGGAUGAUGGGUUGUUUUCCUAUGAAUUGAAUUGAAUUGGGUUUUGGUUAUUUAUUGAAAUUGGUGGAGUUUUAACUUUUAUGGGUUCUAGACCUUCAGUUUGGUUCGUAAUAUGUACAUGUAUAUUUAUAUUCA